GUUAUUUUUCAGUUGAGCAAAAAGAGCAGAGGUAGUAGAUUUGUUAGAUUUGGUGGCUUAUUGAUGUAUUGUUGUGGAAUUUAUAUUACGGUCCUUAUUGUUAUCUGUUGUUAGCUAAUAUUUAUUAACUAACUUUUCCUCAAGAAACGCGAAAUUACCGCUUCAAUUGCGAAAAUUCAUCAGUUAAAUAUAAAGCAUAAAGCAAUAUUUUUAAGUAAUUAUAAUAAUAUAUAAAAAGGUGUUUUGUUUGUUUGCAAAGUGCAGUGUGUAAAUAAUUAGAAAAAUUUACAAGUAUAUAUACAUAUACACACAAAUAUUUAACGUGCCUAACUACUUGUCGAUGAAUUGGUAUGGUUGAUGCGGAUUCAUUGUAAAAAGUGUCAGUGGCAGUGGCAGUUGCAUAAAUAAGUUGUUUGGUUGGUUGCGCAGAGUACGUAAAAGUGUAGUUGUGUGAUUUUGUGCUCCCAAAUAUACAUAUAUUAUGUGUUCUUAAUCUACGUGGUUUGGAGUUUAUAUUCUGGGCAAAAUAUUAUAAAAAUUAUAUGGGAAAAUCUACCGUGUGAAAUUAAUUAAUUUUCAAAAAUUUACAUAAAUUUUCAAAGAACUGUGUCGCCUUUUCCAAUACUUAAGAAAAAACAAAACAAGGCAACAAAAUUCAAUUCGUUUUUGUUUACAACUCUUCAUUACAUUCCGAAAUUACGGAUCCCCAAGGGACGUCCGUCUCUAAUCCACCAUCGGAUACAGAGCGAUUUGCGUCAUCAGACAGUGAAGCUGAAUUUGCAACAGCAACAGCAACAGCCACGGGGAUCAAAACGGCAACUGCGGAACCAUAUAUAAUACAACAAAUACGCAGGGAAAAGCAACAACAAAACAACAGCAUUCAUUCCCAAAUUAGUUCCUCUAAGCAGUUACAUUCAUUACAAAUUGCGGAAAUGGCAGCUGUGGUUCGCAAGAAACAGGAUGACAAGUAUCUGCAGGUAUUGAGAGAACUAGUGACCAACGGUGGUGGUAAUAAGCAAUGUUUCGAUUGUGGCCAGAAGGGUCCCACGUACGUCAACAUGACAAUUGGAUCUUUCGUUUGUACCAGGUGUUCAGGAGUUCUUCGCGGUCUCACCCCACCACAUCGAGUGAAAUCAAUUUCUAUGGCUACAUUCACACAAGACGAUGUCGAUUUUCUGAAAAGUCAUGGAAAUGAUGAGUGCGCUAAAACUUGGCUGGGUCUUUGGGAUCCCAAGCGAGCCGUGCAUCAAGAUCAGCGGGAAUUGAUGAUUGACAAAUAUGAGCGAAAACGUUACUAUUUGGAGCCAGCUAGUCCACUUAAAUCUUUGACGAAUGCCGUUUCACUUAAAAGCGGUUCGGUGACAGCACCGGCGGCAGGGGCAGGAGUGGAAGUGGCGACAACAUCUGGAGUAAGGGCGACAAUAGCUACAGGUAACUCCUCAGCUGCAACAACAUCAAACGGCAGUAGCACUUACAAGAGUAACGGUGAUGGGCAAAUAGAUUUUGUGCAUGUGAGCAAUGGAUUUGGUAACAUUGGGCACAAUACUAAAAACCAAUACAAAAAUGGAGAGCGAAGCUUCCAUCUCACGCCGCCCAGUACACAGCGUACCACCAUGAAUGGUUUGCAUAAAUCCGUCACUACGACAACGGUGUCCGCACCAAAUAGCUCGGGCAAGUCAACGUCCGCCAUAAGUCGGCCUCAACAACAUCAACAAAACGGCUAUAGCCAUUUGCAAGAUGCGUUUAUGCCGAAAACCAAUAAUAUAAAUAACAAUGGCGGCAACAAAAAUAAUGAGCUCAAUGUCUUGCAUAUGACAUCCAGCCGAAUGUCGGACAGUAGCAGUUCGACAAGUGUGAACGGUUUCGGGGCGGACGCAGACUUUGUUGCCGAUUUUGGUUCGGCGAAUAUUUUCGAUGCCACAACGACAGCGGUCCGUAACAAAAUAAGUUCGCCUCCAAUAUUGAAUGGAGGUGGCAAUGCGAUAUCGAGUAACGGUUAUGCUAGAAUACAACCUUUGAAGAAGCAGCAACAACAAUACCAACUAUUAAAUGGUCAUGGUCAGACGAAUGGCAAUAGCUCUCACAGCGAUACAAUCGACAAUGGCACAUCCGAGAAUUUUGCCGACUUCGAACAUGCGCCCAUUUUCAAUGCGGCUGCCAAUUAUAGUUUUAUAAGAAAAACUGUGAUAAAACGUUGCGCCGGUGGCCAGCAAAAAGACACCAAAGACAGUAAACAAAAUUCUGUGUCAAGUGCGGAAAGUUCGAAAGUUCCCACCGAUAUUGGAUCUAGACCACAGUCUGGUGCAGCAGCUGAGUAUGUUUUAGAUAAAAAUUUGUAUGCCGACAUCAGACAAGCCACAACACAUUCUGAUGCAGCGGAGAGUGACAACAAUGGCAAUCUUCAAUCGAACACAGCAGUUGAGCAAAAUGUCAGUGAUACUCCCAUUAAACCGGCUAAAAUUGUUAACAGUGUCGAAACGCCACCAACACAAGCGCUUGGUUCAACAAUGCAAAAUGCUGUCAGUGAACUGACAUCUCAACUGAUAAACUCACAGUCCUGUCCACCGGACCAAUGCCCGGUACAACAAGCUGAUUAUUGUGGUUAUUGUGCACCGAACAAUUGUGUGCCUCCAUCACCUAAUAUGUGUAAUCAACAAGCUCUCAGUCAACAGCCGAAUCAAGAUCAGAGCAAUUUCUGCGCUAACAAUAUGCCGCAAAUGGAUUGGUGUCAGUUUGCAAAUAACCCACCCUUUUGGCCCUCAAAUAACCCAAAUAUGCUAGGCAGUACAGCUACAGCACCAGAUGUUGCGGCCGCGCCAAAAUCCCUCAAUGCUGAGCCACAACAAUGCCCACCCAUAUUUUGCGCCCAACCACAGUUUUAUGGCCCGACAGGCUUCGCCACGUCCUGCUCUCCAGAUAACUGUACGUCUCCCAUGAAUCGGCAACCACCCCAAGUGGACGCAACUAUCGCUGGUCUCAGUUAUGCCGCAUUACCGCAACAAACCAUUAUCAAUACAGCUCAGAAUCGACCACAAAAUGGAUGUGAGACCAAUGCUGAAGCAUGUCUGGAACCAACACCAUCGUACAGUACGUUAUAUAAUCGAUCUUACUGUCAGCCAAAUUUGUCUGCAUAUUCAAAUCCAUUUAUACAACAAACACAAAUGCAACCGGCUCCAAUGCCAGUUCCACCUGAAUGUUUCAAUCCGUUUCAUCCAAAUUGCAUUUCAGGAAGUUGUACGAAGGGUUGUAUGCCAAGUAAUUCAAUACCAGUGGGGGAUCCAAUAAUAGAUCCAUCCUGCAAUUUGCACUCACCUUAUAGUAAUUGCUUCUGUAGCAAUUGGUGUCUACCGAUACCCAAUAACAAUAACAACUUUCGAACGAUGAACAAUCAGCAUAAUAAUAGCCACAACAGCAAUAACAAUAAUACACUAAGCUCAACACCCAGCGAGGAUAGGUAUGCGGCACUCAAAGAUCUGGACGAGCAAUUGCGAGAAAGCAAAGCAGCGGCCACAGUUGUGAAUGCCUACAGUGUGGACGCAUUUGGAAACAAUGGCAUUAGUAAUGGCGUUAAUCCCUUCAAGCAUCAGCAGGCAAAUCCGUUCCAGGCUGUCACUCACGGUACGUCGCCAACAGCAACACAAAACUAUUUUGGUCAAAUGACAGUGAUAUCGAACGGCAAUGGCAUACCGUCACAUGCACCAAGCGCCGCAGCACAGUUCUACAAUUAUACUAACGGCUUUGGUAAUGCAGCAACUUCAGCCGGCACAGCGACUGCUAUAUUUCCGCACACUGUAAUGGCGGCUGGGCCCAGCGGUUGUGGAUUCGGUCUAGGAGCACUACAGCCAACGGCGAUUGCGGCCACUGGCGCCGGCGGCGGCGCAGCGUUCAACAACCCAUUUACAGCAAGCGGCGCAAUGAGCACCAAUAAUCCCUUCUUAUGAGAUACUUGCGGUAAUCGCUAUGAGUUGGAGCCAAAGCGUAAUUACUAAGCGCAUCCUUACUCAAUUUAUAUAUAAAUGCCUAUAUAUUUAAAUGGAAUUAUGUUGGCUUAGCGUGGGGUCCUGCAAACGCGAAUCACAUACUUGAUUUCCAGGAAGAAUAUUAGUUUAAUGCUGAGAUCAAAGUUGAUCAUGUUCUUUAAACCAAAUUAAUUGUUUCCAAAUAUAUGUAAAUUGAGACCGUGCGUAAGAAAUUUAUAUAUGUAUAUAUAUAACAGAUGUAUAUAUACAUAUAUAUACGAAAAGAAAUUAAUAACGAUACUUUUUAUGACAACCAACCAAAAAGAUCUAGAAAUGAUUUGCCUGAAUUGCUCUCGAUUUAACUUGCUCAGCAGGAGUUUAAGAAACUCCAACAAUAAAUUUUAAAUAGAGGAAAUAAUAAAAAUAUUAAAACAUAAAUAAAUACUACGUAAAAUAGUCCAUUUGAUGCGAAAUAAAAUAUUUAGUAGGCGAAAGCUCUUUUACAUUUACAUCUAAUAAUAUGUAUGCAUAAUCUGAUACUUAAUGUGCAUAACUUCGUCUACAUAUAUAAUUAGAAAACCGAAACAAACACUUAUACAUACCUAAUAAAGAGUUGAAAGUUUAGGUAUUUGAGCCCCUUUAGUUUUGUCGUACACGAGAAAAAAGUUCUGCUGGCCAAUGAAAUGAACAAAUUCAUAGAGUGUUACGUACCUACAACAAAAAUGCUCUAGUAACUGUAUAGAACAAAAUGAAACGGAAAUGCUUUAAGAUCAAACUAACUAAAAACUAAAUAUAUUUAGGUUUAACAGCGACCGAGUAAAAUGUAAAUUUCAAAUAUAAAAAGUAAAAUAAAAA